AUCCUUGUAGAAUUUAAUUUUAUAUCAAAAUCGCCGGCAAGAUAUUUCGGCAGUAUUACAAUUUACAAUUACAAACCAUCUUAUUCAGAAGUAUUUUUCUCCCCCUCUCUCUAUCUAAAUCAGUAGUACGUCCAAUUGUACAUUUUAGUCAUUUCCCGCAGUGUAUAAGAGUGCACCCCACAGAAAGCAAUCAUAAUCAAAGAUAGUUCGUCACUAAAUUAUGCUGAUUUUGCUUCAAUAAUAUAAUAAUAAAUUAACACAAAAGAGAUCGAGCAAGAAUAUUACAUACAUACAUACAUAUAUAUAUAUAUAUAUUCGCCUAACAAUUUCUAAAGCGAUUGAUCUAAUCCCAUUAACAACCCCUCCUCACCAAGAAAUAAUGAAAGCCAGAACAUUUGAAUUCUAAUGAAAGAAUACAAAGCCUCAUCUUCAAGUUCUUAUUCUUCUUCUUCAUCUUCAUAAAAGAUGGAUUGCUCCAUCUGCAUCACCGUACAGUUUAUAUUUGAGUUCUAAAGAUACAAAGUUUCAUCUUCAUCAAAUAGAGUAUUGCUCUAUACGCUAUCGCAUCUCCUUUUAUAUUUGAGUUCUAAAGAAGACAAAGCCUCUUCUUCUUCUUCUUCAGAUGGAUUGCUCCAUCUGCACCACCAUACCAUUUAUUCUGAGGCCGCCGCGGAAUACGAUAUGCGCAGCCUGUUACGAGGGAGCCAGAAGUUUGAUCACCCUCACAAACAAGCUUGACGUCAAUAAUAUCGAUAAAUCAACUAACACUGCAACUGCAGCUUCGUCUCCUAACUCCUCCAAGGGUUUUGCAAAUGCUUUGAAACGGGUAAAAGAAAUGAAGGACAUGGAAGAGGAACUUAACGACAAGUUAACAUUCCUAUCUGGUUUUGUUGCUUCAUUUAAAGAUCAGAUUCACACCGAUAUUCAAGUCAAGCCCGGCACUGAUGGAUCAUCUCCUAUACACGCACAUAGAGCAUUACUAGCAGCAAGAUCUAAUAUCUUCAAGAACAUGCUGGACUCAGAUGGAUGCAAGGCUCCACCAAACGACCUCAUAACUCUCCCUGAGCUAAACUACGAAGAGGUGGAGUGUCUCCUAGAGUUCCUAUACAGUGGAAGCUUGCCCAAGGAGAAGGUGGAGAAGCAUGUUUAUUCACUCUCAAUUGCCGCGGACAAGUACAACAUCCCCUUCCUGCAGAAGUUCUGUGAGCAACAAAUGCUCGGAUCCCUGAACUCGUCAAAUGUGCUCGACAUGUUAGAGAUCUCCGAUGUCUGUUCCAACCAGAGCUUAAAGGAGACUGCUUUGAACUUCAUUGUGAGGAACAUGGAGGAGCUGGUUUUCUCAUCAAGAUUUGAUGCGUUUGCACUAAAGAACCCGCAUCUAACUGUACAGAUUACAAGAGCUUCAUUUAUGGAUAUCAAAAGUAGAAGAAAUGGGGUUUGA